AUGAAGCCUUUAAGAAGGAGUGAACGUGUGCAAUCCCUUUGUGGCUGGCUUCCAAAUGAGGCUGUAGGGAUAAAUGUAGUUGUCAUAUGGCUUGGGCUGAAUGCUUUACUAUUUGUGAACAUCUUUCUGUUGUAUAGCAACAGUGAUGCUUAUAUCUACACACGCAUUAUUCUGGGACCAGGACUGGCCUGGGCAAGAGCAUCUGCAAUGUGUUUAAACCUGAACUGUAUGCUGAUUCUUCUUCCAGUCAGUCGUAAUCUCAUUUCAUUUCUCAGAGGCUCAUGUACUCACCAUCAAGGAGCAUUGAGGAGACAGCUGGAUAAGAGCAUCACAUUUCAUCGUAUGGUUUCAUAUCUUAUUGUUGUGCACACCAUCAUCCAUGUUGUAGCACAUUUGUUCAAUAUUAAAAGGUACCAUGAAGGCCAAUCACAUGAGGCUCAAGAGUUACUGAUGACGCUCUCUAGUCUUGGAAAAAACAUUAAUGAAAGCUACUUAAACCCAAUUAGGACUUAUGAUACGGAUACUACAAAGGAAGUUCUAAUUAGUGUACCUGGGCUUUCAGGAGUCAUCAUGACUGUUGUUCUUAUACUGAUGAUAACAUCCUCAACCAAAGUUAUAAGAAAAUCCUUUUAUGAGAUUUUUUGGUUCACCCAUCACCUAUUUGUGGUGUUUUUCAUUGGCCUCGUGGUUCAUGGGGUGGGGGGAAUUGUUCGAGGACAGACAUCACCAAGCCUAUCAAAACACAAUGCGUCUUACUGUAAAGAUCAUUUGUAUGAGUGGGGAAAUGUCUCCAUGUGUCCUUUACCAGAGUUUGCAGGGAAUAAACCUGUGACUUGGAGGUGGGUUAUUGUUCCACUGAUCAUCUACAUCUGUGAAAGAAUCCUUCGCUACUAUCGAUCAAUGAAAACGGUUGUAAUUACAAAGGUAGUGACCCACCCAUCAGAUGUCAUUGAAGUACAGAUGAAAAAAAAGGACUUUAGGAUGGAGCCUGGCCAGUAUGUUUACCUUCAGUGCCCACAGAUUUCCCAUUUUGAGUGGCAUCCAUUUACACUCACAUCUGCACCAGAGGAUGAUUACUUUAGUGUACAUGUGCGGGUAGUUGGUGACUGGACAAAUGCCCUUAAAGAGAUUUUUCUGGCCCAAGGGAAAUGUUUCAAAAUGACUCCAGAUUUUAUAAAAAUUGCUCUUGAUGGGCCUUAUGGAUCUGCUAGCACGGAUGUGUUUGAUUACAGGAUCAGCAUUUGCAUUGCAGCUGGGAUUGGUGUAACCCCUUUUGCUUCUGUCUUAAAAUCAAUUUGGUAUAAGUGUUGUGAUCCAAGCAAAAAAAUGAAACUUCAGAAAAUUUACUUCUUCUGGAUUUGCCGAGAUACAUCUGCUUUUGAGUGGUUUGCCGAUCUGCUUCAUUCAUUGGAAGUACAACUGACGGAAAAGGGAAAAAGGCACUUUUUGAGUUACCAUAUUUUCCUUACUGGCUGGAGUGACAUUGAGGCUGCUCAUAUCGCACUACACUGUGAUGAGAAGAGAGACGUUAUCACUGGGCUACAACAGAAGACAUUCUAUGGCAGGCCAAACUGGAAUGCUGAAUUCAGACGCAUUGCUGACAGCCAUCCGUGCAGCAACAUUGGAGUAUUUUCCUGUGGACCCAAAUCACUUUCUCGCACUCUGAGUAAACUAUGCAACUAUUUUUCUUCUGCUGAUCCCAGACGAGUUCACUUCCACUACAACAAGGAAAGAUUUUAG